AACGCCCCAGGUUCUUCCAGACGCUCUCUCGCUAAUUCAAUUUUAGCGUCAAGUCAGGGCCGUUAUGUUUUUAGCCAAUAAAAUCAUAAGGCUUAGAUCGUUGCAAAGUGGGGUUAUAAGAAAUAUUGAGGAAUGUUGACUGCCGCAUUGCUUUUUCGCUGCAAUCUCCUCAUGUCCAUUUAAAUGAGCCUAUUUGUUAAUUACCUUACUUUCAGCUCCUACUAUCAGUGCUGCACGUCGGUGGUGUGCGGUCGCAGAUAAAACCGUAAUCUCACUUGAAAGACUCGAAGGCCAUUACUUUUUCAUUAAGAAAAACAACACUGUUAAGUCAUUUGGUGUUGACUCUCCAAGCGCAGCCGGAGCUCGGCGCGGGUGGGAGUCGAGGGGAGGGGGGCGAUGGAGCCGAGUGGGGGGAUCACAGCCAGGAGGAGGGGGUUGGUGUUUUCGGGGGGAUGGGGCUCUGUUCAGGGGGUGGGAGAGAGGGGUGUGGGACACCGAGUUUAAAAGGCCAGGCGGGGUGCGCCCCCCCUCACACACAGACGCGCUCUCUCUGACUGUGCGCCGACAGGACCAAACUUCUCCCAACUUCUGCUGCGCAGAGCGGAUCCCCCAGGCAAAGCAGAACAGAGCAGCUUCUCUCUCUCGCAGCGUGCAUGGAAACACAUCUGGACUGAACGAAAAAAAGACUCUUGUGCUGCGCGGGCUUUGUGGAUUUACACCAGAUAUUUGUAGAAAAAAAAAAACACUCUUACCGACUACGUCAAAAAGUUACGAACUCGCUCGAAUUAUGGAGCCCACGAUGGAAUAUCCCGACAGUUAUGAGUACUAUGAUGACAACGAAACGGCGUGCGACUUCUCGGAGUGGGAGCCGUCUUACUCGCUCAUCCCGGUUCUGUACAUGCUCAUUUUUAUCCUCGGCCUCUCGGGCAACGGCUUGGUGAUCUUCACCGUGUGGCGCGCUAAAGCCAAGCGGCGCGCAGCCGACGUGUACAUCGGCAACCUGGCCCUGGCGGACUUGACGUUCGUGGUGACUCUGCCGCUCUGGGCCGUCUACACGGCACUCGGCUACCACUGGCCGUUCGGCGUGGCCCUGUGCAAAAUCAGCAGCUAUGUGGUGCUGGUCAACAUGUACGCCAGCGUCUUCUGCCUUACCUGCUUGAGCUUUGACCGUUACCUGGCCAUUGUGCACUCGCUGUCCAGUGGACACCUGCGCUCGCGGGACACCAUCAUGGCGUCGCUAGGUGGCAUCUGGCUGCUGUCGGGCGUGCUGGCGCUGCCCACACUCCUCUUCCGUACCACCAUGGACGACGAGGUGAGCAACCGCACCACCUGCGCCAUGGACUUCAGCCUGGUGGCGCCCAACCAGCACCAUGAGUCGCUGUGGAUCGCGGGUCUGAGCCUGUCCUCCUCUGUGCUGGGCUUCCUGCUACCCUUCCUGGCCAUGACAGUGUUCUACUGUUUCAUCGGCUGCACGGUGACACGUCACUUCAGCCAGCUGCGCAAGGAGGACCAGAAGAAGCGGCGCCUGCUCAAGAUCAUCACUACGCUGGUGGUGGUCUUCGCCCUGUGCUGGACGCCCUUCCACGUGCUCAAGAGCAUGGAUGCGCUGUCCUACCUGGACCUGGCUCCCUCCUCCUGCUCCUUCCUGCACUUCCUGCUCCUCGCCCACCCCUACGCCACCUGCCUGGCCUACGUCAACAGCUGCCUCAACCCGUUCCUGUACGCCUUCUUCGACCUGCGCUUCCGCUCGCAGUGCCUGUGCCUGCUCAGCCUCAAGAAGGCCAUGCACGGCCACAUGAGCUCGGUCAGCUCCACGCUCAGCGCCCAGACGCAGAAGAGCGAGGUGCAGUCGCUUGCAACCAAGGUCUGAGACGGAUGGACGGAUGGGAGGAGAGGAGGAGGAGGAGGAGGAGGGUGGGAGAGAGAGAGAAAGGUUAGGAGAGAAGGUAGGAGCCUGGCACUCAGACGCAGAAGAGCGAGGUGCAGACGCUCACCACCGAUGUCUGAGGCGGACGACAGGAGCUGU